AAAACACAACAUUAAAAAAAGAAAAAGAACCGAAAAUCACGGAUUCACGAGGACAAGAAGGAAUGGAUACUCUGUAAAACCUUUCGAUUUUCGUCUCCUCGGUGGCGACGAAACCUGCUACAUUGUUCGCUCCAAGCUCACACCCUUUCCCGCUUUUGUUUGAAUCCGCAUUGAAUGCGGAUUGCGGCGUUUGUGAUUCCCUACGGAUCUGAUUGGAGCUUCGACAGAAACUGCAUUGGUUGAGUCUUCCGGGAAAUUUUCUGCCAAUUUUACAAGAAGAUAAGCUUUCUUUCGGAGGCUGAAUUUUUGAGAUGGAUCCUUUAUCCACAAUUAGCGAAGAGCUAGCCGAUAUCAACGGACAGAUCGGUGACAUCUUUCGAGCAUUAUCAAAUGGCUUUCAGAAGUUGGAGAAGGUUAAGGACUCCAAUAGGCAAAGUAGGCAGUUGGAAGAACUCACGGAAAAGAUGCGCGAAUGUAAGAGGCUUAUCAAGGAGUUUGACAGAGAAGUCAAGGACUUGGAGAGUAGAAAUGAUCCAGGCACUAAUAAGAUGCUGAGUGAGAAAAAACAGUCGAUGAUCAAAGAGUUGAAUUCAUACGUUGCUCUUAAAAAGCAAUAUGCAGCCAAUCUUGAUAACAAGCGAAUUGAUCUCUUUGAUGGGGGCACUGAAGGAUAUGGGGAGGAAAAUGUCAUGCUAGCUUCCUCCAUGACAAAUCAACAGCUAGUAGAUAGUGGAAACCGGAUGAUGGAUGAGACUGAUCAAGUCAUUGAGAGGUCAAAGAAGGUUGUUCAUGAAACCAUCAAUGUUGGAACUGAGACGGCAGCAGCACUAAAGGCUCAGACUGACCAAAUGAGUCGGAUUGUUAAUGAGCUGGAUUCUAUUCAUUUCUCGAUCAAGAAAGCUUCUCAACUUGUGAAGGAACUCGGUAGGCAGGUUGCAACUGAUCGGUGUAUAAUGGCAUUACUCUUCCUUAUUGUUGUUGGAGUCGUAGCCAUCAUUAUUGUUAAGAUUGUAAACCCAAACAACAAGGACAUCCGGGAUAUUCCUGGAUUAGCCCCGCCAGCAAUGACUCGCAGAUUACUUUGGAAUGCUAGUUGAAAAGGGAUUAUUUUAUGAGGUUGAAGAUGGUUUUUCCUUGUGAUUGGAUGGAACAUCAGUUGGCGAAACUCAUUAUAGAGAUCUGUUGUGGUUGAUUUCUGAAGUUAUUUAUAGGAAAACUUUCCCAUGAGUUAGGCCAACUUUUCUGAGUGAUAGUCUGGUGAAUUAUUAGGUUUAAUUUGAAGUGGUCCUUCUGAUUAUAUCUUCUACCCCGACUGAAAAAUAAUUCAUAGUUAAGGGAGUCUCAAAAUGUGUAGAUUAUGUCGAUUCAUACCAUUUAUUGCCACGCUUUUUUUCUUUUUUUAUCUUUUUAUGGGAAUGUAUUGUCACACUUGUAAAAUACUUGCCCUGCGCUUCUUUAUUUGUUUGUUUCUUUUUAUUAUUAUUAUUAUUAUUAUUAUUAUUAUUAU